AUGUCCAUAGCCCCAGUGCGGGCACAUAGGCAUAGCCACCAUGACGCACACGACGAAGGAGAAGUGGACGACGAAGAAGCGCCUGGAGAAGCUAUCGAAUUCCACGCAAAUGGCUCUGAUCACGACCACCACGGCGAGCGCAUUGUCGCCGAUAUAAUUGCCGAACAAGUUCGAGUAUUCUGCUGGAUACUUACCGGCAAGCAGAAUCACGAAAAAAGAGCCAUUCAUGUUAAGGCAACCUGGGCCAAGCGUUGUAAUAAUUACGUAUUCAUGUCAUCAGAAGCUGAUCCCAAUCUGCCAGCUAUAAACUUGAACAUAUCUGAGGGUCGUGAUUAUCUUUGGGCAAAAACUAAAGGCGCCUUCAAGUACCUACAUGAUCAUUACUUGGUUAGUUCCGCUUCAAUUUGUUCUUGGUUUUUUCCCUUGUAAAA